CCCAAGAUAUAAAAUGUCUUUUCUUCCUUCGUCUUUCUUGGGUGCUUUAUUGUUCCUUACAUGCUUUGGCAACUUGUACCCUGGAGUGGCAUUGGCAAGUGUCACAAGGCACUAUAAGUUCAACAUACGGUUGAAAAAUGUGACAAGAAUGUGUGGGACAAAAACCAUAAUAACCGUCAACGGUAAGUUCCCCGGGCCUCGGGUAUUUGCUAGGGAAGGGGACCGAGUAGUCAUAAAAGUAGUCAACCUUGUUUCGAACAAUAUCACAAUACACUGGCAUGGAAUUCGGCAACUUCAAAGUGGAUGGGCUGAUGGGCCGGCGUACAUUACACAAUGCCCCAUUCAAACGGGCCAAUCAUACGUUUACAACUACACCAUUACGGGCCAAAGAGGGACAUUAUGGUACCAUGCCCAUAUCUCAUGGAUUAGGGCAACACUAUACGGCCCGAUCAUCAUUCUCCCUAAACAAAAUCAAUCAUAUCCGUUUGUCAAACCUUAUAAGGAAGUCACAACCAUAUUUGGUGAGUGGUGGAAGGCUGAUACUGAGGCUGUGAUUAACCAAGCCCUUCAAACCGGGGCUGGGCCCAACAAUUCGGACUCUUACACCAUUAACGGUUUUCCUGGCCCCUCAAAAAAUUGUUCAUCAAAUGAAACUUAUAGGUUAAAGGUGAAGCCCAGGAAGACGUAUCUCCUUAGAUUGAUCAACGCUGCACUCAACGACGAGCUUUUCUUCAAAAUUGCAAAUCACACAUUCACGGUUGUUGACACGGAUGCAAGUUACGUGAAGCCAUUUGAUACCGAUACAAUAUACAUUGCACCAGGCCAAACCAAUAUGGUUCUUCUCAAAACUAAAAACAUCUCCUUCAAUGCAAAAUUCUUGAUGGCCGCUAGACCAUAUUCAACGGCGGCCUCUGGGACGUUCGAUAACACAACUGUUAUCGGACUUCUCGAAUACCACGUGGUUAAUAUUACCUCCGCCAACUCUUCCAUUACAGCCCUUCCAGUUCCACCACUCCCACCAAUAAAUGCCACCGCGUAUGUUGCCAACUGGACCAACCAGCUCCGUAGUUUGGCUAACUCCCGGUUUCCGAUAAACGUUCCACAAACCAUCCAACGACGGUUUCUCUUCACCGUCGGUCUCGGAACCAACCCAUGCCCGAAAAACCAAACAUGCCAAGGACCAACCAACACCACCAAGUUCGCGGCCAGCGUGAACAACGUUUCCUUUCAAAUGCCAACCAUCGCGCUACUACAAGCACAUUAUUACCGACGAUGGAAAGGCGUUUACACGACCGAUUUCCCAAACAACCCGUUAAUUCCAUUCAAUUAUACCGGUACCACGCCAAACAACACGCAGGUAACUAACGGCACCAAGUUAGUGGUCCUACCAUUCAACACCACGGUGGAGUUAGUGUUGCAAGGAACCAGUACUCUCGGGGCCGAAAACCACCCUUUCCAUCUUCACGGCUACAAUUUUUAUGUGGUUGGCCAAGGCUCCGGGAACUUUAACUCGACUACGGACUCACCCAAGUUCAACCUCAUUGACCCGGACGAAAGGAACACCGUAGGCGUGCCAUCGGGUGGAUGGGUCGCAAUCAGGUUUCGAGCUGAUAACCCAGGAGUAUGGUUCAUGCAUUGUCAUAUUGAGAUACACAUUUCGUGGGGAUUAAGGAUGGCAUGGCUGGUGAUGGAUGGGAUGCUUCCAAGUCAGAAGCUGCCACCACCGCCGGCAGAUCUUCCAAAAUGUUGACUUUGACUCCCUAAAUACAAUAAAACUUCGAUUUUGGAUUUAACUGAUGUAUGUACCACAAGAGUGCAGAAAAUGUAUUUUUCAUCGAUUUCGUCUGGUUUUAAUUUAUUUUUAUGACUUUGUGCUUCA